GCAAUUAUGAAGCCUUUGUUAUAACGUCAUUGAGGGGGCAAUGUUCUUGAAAGACUCGCUAUUGGGAAAGUAGCGCUGUGAGUAACAGGCUGGAAUUUGCAAGACCGAGCGAACAGAGAACUCUUACAGUUGGGUAAAGGAACAAAGUCCGUUGGGAUUAUAUUGGGCUACCAGAUCACCCCAUGGGAACAACAUUUACCAUUGCUUCUUGGAGUUUGAGAUGAAAGGGGAAACGAAGGAAUAUAUCCCGAUUAAAAAAACAAUUUGAGUGAAAUGAAAGAACAUGGAAUGAAGAACGAAGUUUGGAAAUCAUGAGUGCAGAUAUAAAGAAGCCACCAGUGGCCCCCAAACCCAAGUUUGCUGUGACCCAGAAGCCUCUUCCUCCACCAGUUGCACCCAAGCCAGAUAUUGUUCUGUCACAUUCUGCCCCUUUGCAGAAGAAAGCUAAGCCAGUAGUAGCCCCAAAACCAAGGCUUCCGAAAAGUUCUUCUGUUCCUGAAGUGAAACCUUGCCCUCAAAAAAACAAUACAAAUCUGGAAGAGAAGAUUGACUUGUCCCAGAACUUGGGUGUCCUUAAUUCUAAAAAUGGCUUGCAGAAAGAAGUGCAUGCGAUUAAUUCCAGCUAUAUCAUACCAACAUGCACCUGCAGCUUUGAUUGUAGCCAUAAAUGCAAUAAUACGGAGCAAUGCAACGAAAAUGAAAUCUUCAUUGGUCAUUUGGAAAAGCUGGAGGUCUGGCAAAAUGAAAACAUUGAUGGACAACAGAGUCCUCCCCUUCCAAGGACAAGAAUCAAACAAGACACUGGCCAGGAAAAGGCUUUGAACAAGAAUCAGGUGGUCCUCAAGGCCAGCUUUUUGGAACAAAAACUCAAAGAUGUUUUGGUCCAAGCUGUAUCGCCUAAUAAUUAUCACGUAAAGCAAAAAUCUCUGGAGAAAUCCAAUACCAUGAAUGAGACUUCUGAUACUGAACAGUUUUCAUCCACAGCUAAUUUUGGUGAUCUAGCAGAAAAAAACCCUGACGAAUCGGAGAAUGGUAAAGUAGCCAUUUCCAAUGUGAUUCAGCAUCAAGAGGGACCAGGAAGUGCCGACAACACAGUCCUAACAACUGAGAGUAGAUGUGAACUAAGCAAGGAGACCAGACAUCCACAUGACUCUUCAGUACCACCAGCUGCACCAACUAAAGCUCUUCCAGUCCCAAAACCCAGAAAACCGAGAAAUCCUGGGCUUAUCAGACAAAACUGUAUUGAAACAUUUGUGGAUGAAAAAAAAGAGAUGACUGAGCUAUUGGUAAAUGAACCAAAUAGACAUGCCAAGUGUAGUCAAAUAAAGUCCCCAAAUGUUUCUAUUCAUGCUCAGAGUGUUUUGUAUACCAGAAAGAGCAAUGACAGUCCUGAGCUUUGUGAACUCCUGCCUGACACAGACAGUGCUCCUCAACCAGUUGAAAAACCUGUGACGCCUGAUGUGCUGUGUAAUCAUUUUCCAUCAUUUAAACAGGACAAAGCUUCUGACUCGCCACUGGAAAUAUCUGGGAAUGUGGAAGAUGAAGCUUGUAAACAAUCCAAUACAGAAACUGAAUGUGAAAACACCACUCCAACUGGGCAAAAUAGCAACUUUAUCCGCUGUAGCACUUUGACUUUGAGUUUACCCAAACACCUCAAACUGUCUUGUGACCUGCAGCUGUCUGUAGCAAACAGCCCAGCUGUUGUAGAAUUGAAAAAUGGUGACAAGAAAUUGCCUCUCAAAGCAGAACGGUCCCCGAGAGUGGCUCCAAAGAAGCCCCAAAGGCACAGUUUGCCAGCAGCAGGCUUGCUGAAAAAACACUUAUCAGCAGAGUUGAAUGAGAGGAGUCCCAGUGCAACAGUAGAAACAAGCAAUCCUGACUUCAGCGAUAAUUUACAAGGGCAGCCACAGGAGAAACCAACAUGGAAGCUGCCUCACCCAAUUGUACCCUUUUUAGGGAACUCUGAAUCUUUAAAAAACGGCAAUGCUCAGAAUGUUCCUUGCACUGCACCUCAUAUCAGUCUUGGAAAAACCAGGGCAAAGUCGUUUUCAUCAGCAGACAUGACAAGAUCUGAGAUCUCUCCCAAAACAGGUCAAAAGAAGAACUCUUUAAGGAAGUUCCUGGGCAUGAAGCUUGCUGUGAAAAUGUUUGACUUUCCCAAGUUCUUUACCAAGGGGAGCCAGUUGCUAGACAGCAGCACAGCAGUAGGAAAUAUCCCUGUGGAAGGAAAUGGGGCCGACAGUGAGUUAAACCCAAGCUCGCCGGGAGGUGAUGGGAAAAGCAAACUGGUUAAGGCACUUUCUGCUGAAUCGCACAGUCCUGUGUCCCAGAAGCAUGGGCUGAAACUAAAAGGUCAGUUUGAAAUGCAGAGUAGCAGGCUUGCCAAAUGGGAUUUAGUGGAUGAACCCGAAGGCCCUUGUUUACAGACCUCUGAGGAGGGGUGUUCACCGACAGAUUCAUUCACAAGUCAAGGAUCAGCUGUUGAAUAUGAGAACCUGCCUCAUUAUGAGGAAAUCCCUGAAUACAUGAAUUUGCCUUUCCUACAUGCUUCUGGAAACCGCACCCCACAGUCUCCAGCUUUUGGCUGGCAAAAUUCCAGCAGCCUGGAAGACUCGGAGACAAGCGUAUAUGAGGUACAGGAACCUUAUGAACCCGCUAGGAGUUAUAUAACCUACAGACAAAAGAACAGAUACCGCAGGCCCUCGCAGGACGAGAAUCCUGAUCUGGAGGAUGUCCACUCUGACGAAGAGGAAGUCAUUAACAGCUCGGAUGAAGAAGAUGCCAGUUCAGCCUCCAGCAAAGGAGAGCUUGAUCUGCUGGAGGGAAGCCAGCAUGAUGAGCUAGGAGGCAAGAACACAAAAGUUGUUCACAUCGCCAAGGAGAUCAUGAGUUCAGAGAAAGUGUUUGUGGAUGUUCUCAAACUCCUUCAUAUUGAUUUCCGAGGUGCUGUGGCCAAAGCCUCCCAGCAGAUUGGGAAGCCUGUGAUUGAAGACCGGAUACUGAACCAGAUUCUCUACUACCUUCCCCAGCUGUAUGAGCUGAACCGGGACCUGCUGCGGGAGCUGGAGGAGCGAAUGGCUCACUGGAAUGAUAAUCAAAGGAUAGCUGACAUCUUUGUGAAGAAGGGACCAUACCUCAAAAUGUAUUCCACGUAUAUCAAAGAGUUUGAUAAAAAUGUGGCAUUGCUGGAUGAACAGUGCAGGAAGAACCCUGUAUUUGCUGGAGUUGUGAAGGAAUUUGAGAUGAGCCCGCGCUGUGCAAGCCUGGCACUCAAACAUUACCUGCUGAAACCUGUGCAGAGAAUUCCACAGUACAGACUGCUGCUCACAGAUUACUUGAAAAACCUCAUUGAAGAUUCCACAGAUUAUAGAGAUACACAAGCUGCUCUUAUCGUUGUCAUAGAAGUGGCCAAUCAUGCAAAUGACAUCAUGAAACAAGGGGAUAACUUUCAGAAGCUCAUGCAGAUCCAGUAUAGUUUGAAUGGUCACCCUGAGAUUGUUCAGCCUGGGAGGGUUUUUCUCAAGGAAGGAACACUGAUGAAGCUCUCCCGGAAGGUCAUGCAGCCCCGACUGUUCUUUCUGUUUAAUGAUGGCCUGUUGUAUACCACCCCUGUACAAUCUGGAAUGUAUAAACUAAACAACAUGUUGUCUUUGGCAGGAAUGAAGGUUAGCAAACCAACCCAAGAAGCCUACCAGAAUGAGCUGAACAUAGAAAGUGUGGAACGUUCGUUUAUUCUGUCAGCCAGCUCUGCCACAGAGCGGGAUGCAUGGCUGGAAGCCAUUUCAAAAGCAAUUAAUGACUAUACCAAGAAGAGAAUUACAUUUAGUGCCAGCAAAAGCGAAGAGGCUGAUCCAGUGGAAGUGGAGAGUGACACCCCUCUUGGAUCCAAGGCUCCCAUCUGGAUCCCAGACCCCAGAGCCACCAUGUGUAUGGUGUGUACCUGUGAGUUCACUGUCACCUGGAGGAGGCACCACUGCAGAGCCUGUGGGAAGAUUGUGUGUCAAGCCUGUUCUUCAAACAAACACAGCCUUGAAUACCUCAAGAAUCAACCUGCCAGAGUCUGUGAUCACUGCUUCAGAGAGCUUCAGAAGAAUGAUAACCAAUCCUCACCCAAAGUUGUGUCCCCUACCAGCAAGUCUCCAUCGAGUGCCUUGUCUUCCGUUCUCCAUAGCAUUCCUUCAGGACGAAAGCAAAAGAAAAUCCCAGCUGCCCUUAAAGAAGUGUCUGCAAGCACUGAAGACUCUUCUAUGAGUGGCUACCUGUAUAGGUCAAAGGGUAAUAAGAAGCAAUGGAAACAUCUGUGGUUUGUCAUCAAGAACAAAGUAUUAUACACCUAUGCUGCUAGCGAGGAUGUGGCUGCUUUAGAGAGCCAGCCCUUGCUAGGAUUCAGUGUGAAAGAUGAGCGAUCGGAUCAUAAUCCACAAUUCCAGCUCUAUCACAAAAACACCUUGUUUUACAUCUUCAAAGCAGAUGAACCUCACACUGCCCAAAGGUGGUUAGAAGCUUUCCAAGAAGCCACUGUCCUGUAGCAGUCUCUUGUAUUUGUUUUGUAUAAUAGUAUGAGCAAAGACAGCACACAAAAUACAGUAAAGCACUGGAUCCUGUGGAAGAAACCAACCUUAUUUCACCAAUAUUGCACAUUUACAAACAUGCUACAGUUUUAAGUUAUGUCCCAUGUAACUUUAUUCUAAAUAUACUACACUACCAAUAUGUCUCCUGCUGGACAUGUCUUUAAAGAAAAACACGGUAAUCCUCCUCCGUAGUGCAAAACAACAUCAUGAUUCUGAUAUAAGAGGCGAAUAUCCUAUCAAAACUGGAAAAUGAAACUGCCCAAACCAGCACUACAUUGACUGAAUCUUUAAUACAUGUUGAGAGAUUUGUCAACAAAAUCACCUGGUGCCGUUUUGUUAAUAGAUAAAACUACCAUAUAUUGGUGCUGUAAUUUAUAUAUUUAUUUAUAUGUAUUUUUUUUAGUAAAGAAGCAUGUGCUGCUCUACUUGCCAUAAUUUCUAAAAAAAAUUCCAUGAAUGCCUAUUACGAUGUCCUUUUGCUGCGAAGUAACCCUUGACUGCCAGCAAUUGUCAAAUCUUCUGCCAUGAUCCUAUAUUUAAGUAGUAGUGUUUUUGUUAAUCGUUUAUUGCAUAUCUGGUCUAUUUUUGCUAAACAGUUAAGACACCACAGUUUGAUUGAAAGUAACCAAUGAUUCAAAGAGAAAAUGUGCAUUAGGACAUAUGGCUUGCAGAAUUUGUAGAGCAGGUUAUUCACGAUAAAAUGUUUAUCCUGUGAAAGGAGACCAGUUCAUAUACUAGUCCAGGGCUGUACAAACAAAACCAGGAAGUGCCAUACCUGAUACUCAAACUGUUAACUUGAAACAGCCCUUUGAGCUUUUUUAAUUGUGAAACGUACUUUUUGUCAACACCAUUACAUGCAGGAUUUUUAAACUAUGUAUUAAUUUUAAAAUGUUAAACAAAGAAACUGGAACAUGUGUCUGUACAUAAUUUUCACUUCCAUUUUGAGAUUGCGCCUUGUAUUUAAAAAUAAAACCUAAUAUAUUUACAUUUGACAAAAUCUGACACAAUAGUUGUGUUUUAAAAUAAGCACUAUUGGUGCUACUUUUAUUUCAUAUUGUAAUUGUUCCUGAUAUAGCAAAGUGUAUUUUUUCUUCAACUUUUGUUAUUGUACAAACAGUAAUGCCUUUAUCACUUUUUCAUCUUAUAAAUGUUGCUCGGAGGAAAAACUAGAUACAGAGCGAUUUUAACUGUAUUAAAGGAUUCGUUCAGCUAAUGCAAUAUUUAUUUUCUAAAGUAUGAGUUUACUAUACAUUAACUAGAGAAGGUAUAUUAACCUGUCAUGAUUUAAUCGAUAGUAUUCUGUGUAUGUAUCUGAGAAUUACCCGGGCUUCUUGUCACAUUUCAAGACCUGUCUUUUUAUUAUCAUUACUAUAUUAUUAGACACCCUGUGUGGUGUUCAAUGUCCAAAGUACUGUUUUGUCCUGAGAUACCCAGGUUUAUACAACACGAUUUCAUGGUGAAUUUACUCAGUUGUGGUGGAAUAAUAUACCGGUAGUAUUUAUGUUGAUUUUUUUUUUUGUUUGUUUUACAGUGUUUGUCACAUUAAUAGUACGGUAUCAUAGGAAGUAUGCAACACUUGAGUGACAAUGCAGUAGGAUAUGUAUGUAUUUGUUCUGCAUACUGUUAUUGUGCAUACAUUUUAACAGCAUAUUUCUUUUUACUACUAUCUAAUGUUUUUAGCCGAAUAACUAUUUCACUGGCCCACAUGUCUGUCCAUCACAUUCUACAUUCUGAACAAGAUAACUAUUGAUUUUGCUCUAAUCUGCAACAAACUUUUAUUUUACAUUCCUAGCCUCCUAUGAAUGUUUCCUCUGUAUGUGCCUGCACUGGUUGAAUAGAUAAGGAUUUUAAAGUGAAAUUACUGGCAUGUUUUGUUUUCUGAGCAGUGUCAGCAUUGUUGCAUUUCUGUCUUUUUAUGUUUAUGUUGCAUAAAAUAUAAGGUGUGCUUUCUUAUUUAAUAGGGGUUUGGCAAAAACUGGUCUGGACACCAUGGAUUGCACUAUAUUGUAUAAAUACAAAUUUAAGUUUGUAUUGUAGGUGAAGAAGAAAAAAUUACUUUGUAAUUGUCAUAAUUUUGCAUCAUGUAAAGUAUUUGUACAGUUCAUAAACAAUUAACUUUAAACAAGAAA